AUGGCCUCUCAACCUCGCCUCAAGAUCGCCCUGAUCGGCCUUGGCCGCUUAGGCGCCAUCCGUGCACGAAUCCUUGCCUUCCAGCAGCCUCGCAUUGAGCUCGUCGCAGCUUGCGACACGAAGCCGGGCAGUGAUGAGUUUGUGACGCAGAACCUUCCUCCGUCUGUCAAGUACUAUGCCGAUCCUGAGGACUGUAUGAAGAACAGUGGUGCUCAAGCUGUUCUGAUAUCUACUGCUACUGCUACCCAUGCUCCGCUUAUCUGCCUGGCUCUGGAUCUUGGCUUGCAUGUCAUGUGCGAAAAGCCCAUCUCAGUUGAUGUGAUCACCACCGAGGAGGUUUUAGCCAAGGCCAAAUCCAAGCCACAUCUUAAGUUUUUGGUUCCAUUUUGCCGAAGAUACGAUGAUUCAUAUCGUGCUGCCAAGGAGUUGGUCGAGAAGGGCGAGCUGGGGGAGAUUCACGCUGUUGAGACCACUUGCCUUGAUCAACAGGACCCAACUGGCUUUUUCGUUACCUUUUCUGCUCAGUCUGGGGGUAUCUUUGUUGAUAUGGGCGUUCACGACAUUGAUAUUGGCCGAUACUACCUGAAUGUUACUUCUGGCCUGAAGAACCCCAAGAAGCAAGUGAAUCGGGUUAUUGCCAUGGGACAACAGGCUGUCUAUGGCGAACUAGCCAAGUACGGUGACUGCGACAACGGAUGGGCCAUGGUUGAGUUUGCAAACGGCAAAGUCCUGACUUCUCACCUCGGUCGCACACUCACGAACGGUUUUGAGAGCUGCACUCGCGUUUGCGGAACCAAAGCCCACUCUAUCGUAAAUGGGAACUCGACAAUCAACCGCGUAGAGAUCCGCGAUGGCCAUGGCGUGCGGACUGCUACUACUCCAGAUGCUUUCGUCCUUUAUGACAAGUCGUUUAUCAACGACCUCGCCGAGUUCGCCACUGCUGUUCUGGAUGGGAAGCCUCUGACUUGUACGCCCGACGAUGCCUAUGAAGCGGCCAAGAUUGCUACUGCUCUCCAAUACUCUUUCCGAAACGGGGUGCCAGUUUACUUUGAUGAAGAAGGCCAACCCAUUAUGGAGGUUCCCAAGAGCGGUAAUUAA